UCCCUACUGAGCAAAGAGCAAGAGAGGAAAAGGAGGGGGUAAAGGGAGAGAGUAGAACAGAACUUCACGCAGAGGCCAGGAAAGGAACUCAGUUUUGAGUUAGAUACAAAGACCUCCUGGGUGGUUUAGCGGGAACAGAGAAUACAUCAAAAUGGGGACUUGCAGGAAAAAGAGACGUUCAACAGAUGAGAAAGAGGCUGUUUUCCUGAGAAAGAAAAUCACCCUCAUUCGGGCUAUUGCAUUGGCUGUAGGUACCAUGGUGGGUAGUGGUAUCUUCAUUUCUCCCAAAGGGGUGUUGAAAAACUCAGGCAAUGUAGGGAUCUCAUUACUCGUGUGGCUGGCUUGUGGGAUCCUGUCUCUGUUUGGUGCUCUGUGUUAUGCAGACCUGGGCACAAGCAUCACAAAGUCUGGGGGACAUUACAUCUACCUUCUGGAGACGCUUGGGCCCUUGCCAGCCUUCCUAAGAUUAUGGGCUGAAUUCGUUAUGAUCCGGCCUGCAAAUAUGGCUGUGGUGUCCCUGGCGUUUGGUCGCUAUCUAAUCGAGCCUUUCUUUGCUCCAUGUAACGUUCCUCCCUUGGCUGUGAAAUUGAUCACUGCAACUGGAAUCACUCUAGUAAUAGCUCUGAACUGCUGGAGUGUUAGCUGGUCAGCAAACAUACAGACAGUGUUGACUGCCCUCAAGAUGAUCACUAUUGGCUUGGUUAUUGUUCCUGGGAUGGUGGCUCUUGGAAAUGGUCACUAUGAAAAUUUCCAUGAUAGCUUUGACACAACUUCAUUGGUAAUUGAAAAGCUGCCUCUCGCUUUUUAUUCUGGGAUGUUUGCCUAUGGUGGAUGGUUUUAUCUAAAUUUUGUAACUGAAGAAAUUGUGAAUCCUAAACGAAACAUCCCAUUGGCUGUCGUGAUAUCCUUGACUGUUGUCACAGUUGGUUACCUCCUUACUAAUGUAUCUUACUAUGCAAUCCUGACACCACAAGAAAUCCUCAACUCCGAUGCAGUAGCUGUCAGCUUUGCUGAUAGAGGUUUCAAGAGCAUUUCCUCCGUGAUCCCAAUUCUUGUAGCUCUGUCAUGUUUUGGAGCUUUGAAUGGAGGAAUUUUUGCUGCUUCAAGGAUGCUGUUUGCAGCUGCAAGAGAAGGACAGUGGCCAGCUCUGUUUUCAAUGAUACACCUUCAAAGGCACACUCCUCUCCCGGCCCUGAUAUUAAUGUUGCCAUUGAUUUAUGUAAUGGUGUCCAUUGGUGACCUCUAUGGGUUGCUGAACUUCUACAGCUUCGCACGCUGGCUCUUUAUAGGACUUGCUACAUUAGGCCUCAUGAUACAUCGGUACCGGCAUCCAGAAAUACCAAGACCAUUUAAGGUACCCCUGGUUAUCCCACUGGUAUUUACCAUAGCCUGUUUCUUUAUUGUGGGGAUGUCAUUAUAUUCAGAUCCUGUGAACACCAGUAUAGGCUGUGCUAUAACUCUGACUGGCUUGCCAGUUUAUUAUCUGGUGGUUCAGAAAACGAGAAUACCAAGAUGCUGCACAUCCAUAUUCAAUGCCAUGACAGUGAAACUGCAGAUCCUAAUGAAAGUGACUCACCAGGAAGUCCAGACUUACUGAAGGAGUUGUGACACUGAGCAAGGACAACAGCAUUGUAAAAGGACUUUCAAGGUGCCUUCACGCCGGUUUCCAAGGGCGCUCCUCAUAAUCGAACAGUAAGGAAUACAUCUCCAAGCCCCUUGUGAUGAAGGAGAGAGAAAUGUGGUGUACCAUUCUUUUCUAACAAAACAUUUUAUCUUUAUUUUUGAAAAGGAGCAAAUACUCAGCUUCAACAAAGACAUUCUAGUUUUGCUUAUUUUGGUAGUUUUUUUCAGAUACUAAAGCAGAUUAAUUGGCCAAACUAAUGUGUAUACUGAAUGUUGUAUGAUAAUAAAACCUGCUGGCCAGGUAGGAAUGUUGUUUGCCUUAUGACUGAAUAGGAAGUGGAAAACUAAACAUUACCUAUAUAUGCUACAAAUAAAGAAAAGUGCAUGUUGCUUAAA